AAAACCCCAAAUUCACCAUUUCCCACCAUCUUUCCUUUCCUCUUUCUUUUCUCCCUCCCUCUCUUACCUUUUACACCUCUCCGCUUGGGCCCAAUCGAUUCCAAAAAUCCCUUAUUUUGUUCAGAGAUUUUUGGGGUUUUCGAAUGCAUAUCGGUCCUCCAUCGACGGGCAGAGUGAUUAAUUGAAGAGUUCCUGCCAUUGUCUGUAGUUUUGUAUGGCAGAAGUUGCCCAACCUAGUUCUCUUCCACCCCCUUCACUCCAGAUUGGUCGUGGAGCUAUCAAGGGUGCACCCAUGGCCAAAAGAAAGACACCAUCUGAACUGAGGGGGGAGCAGUUGAAGCGGAUUAAUGUGGUAGAGAUCAUUGAUGAAUCUCCAGCCCCUUUGUUUGGUUCUAUAAGUGAGGGGAGUAAUAGCCUCAAGAAACCAGAACUGUCAAGGAACCCUAAAUACAUUGACACUCGUUUGGAUGAACUAUAUCCUGCAAAGAAAUCUAGGUUUAGAAUGGCUUCUGGAAAAGAAAAUGCUAAGGAUGUCUUGAUGGAGCAACCUAGCAGCUUGAAGAAUCUCGCUCUGCUCUCUAAUUUGGCUGCUAAGAGAAGGCACGAACCCUUUUGUCCAGAAAAAUCCACUGGUUCUACAGAAGUUGCCAAAGAUGAUGUGGUUCAAAUAUCUCAAACAACAGAAAAAGGUUCUCAAAGUACAUUUCGUAGUGUUAAUGAACUUUCAUUACGAGAUGGCAAAUCAUCUGGAUUUGCAACUGUUGAUAUGAACAAAGCGUUAAAAGGAUUAGCUGCUCGUGAAACUUUGGGCAUUAAUGGAGUAUCUGCUUCUUCCUCUGAAAGAUGUGUCAAUCACAUAAUGGCUAAUUUGGACAAGUUCUGCUUACUUGGCCAAAAAGUGCCCUUGGAUUUUACUCUCAAAACUAGUAUGCGGAUUUCAUGUUCUUCCCAUAUAUCAUGGAUUCAUAAAGCACUCAUGUCUUGUGCCUACACUGGUGGGCCCUCUUUUGAAUCCUACUUUGAUUGUUCUGAUGGUAAAAGUGGCAACAAUUCAAGACUUAACUCAACUUCUCAAGUAUGUUCUAAAAUAUUUCAUUCAUGGGUUCAUCCUCAAUCUACCUUGCCGCCUUCAGUAAUAUCAGUGUUGACCUCAUCAGCAGCUGAGAGAGUGGAAGUGGACUUUUUAAGAAAACGACAACUAGCCUGGGAGGACUCAUUUCGAAGCCUUUACUUCAUGCUUCGGGGUGGCAUCUGUAAUAUCUUUUAUGUUUGUACGACACAUUUUGUGGUGAUGUUUACUGGUUGUGAUGGCCCGGGGAGAACCAAACGCCUGUGCAAUGCUUAUAUAUCCCAAUCAACAAGAAGCUUUCGAGCAUUGUUAAAAGAGCAUGACGUGUGUUUCUCUAUGCCUCUCUGCCAUUCCAAAGUAGAGCAAGUUACAACUGAAGAUCUUGUUGAGCUCUCAGAGAUUGAGAAACAGAAUUUGGGCCAGACUCGACGACGGAGUUCCCCAUCAGAUGUUGAUAAUACCCCAGAAUCCUUGCUGGUUUUCAGUGGCAACAAGGAUGCACAUAGUUUGUACGAUAUCUUGUUAAAUUAUAGAUCUUUUGUGACAGCCUUGGCAGGAAUGGAUGUUCCUUUACUGUGUUCACCUGCGCCAUUUCAAAAUGCUGCAUUUUCUGCUCCUGAGAUAAAAUGCAUGGAGUUGAAAGGAGCAGAACAUAUUUCGAUUUCAGACAACGGCUCUAAUGUGAAAGAUGAAUCCAUGGAACACUUGUCUUCUGUUUUCCGCUCUAGUGUGGAAAUUAAGGAUGCGUAUAUACCACCAUGGAUUAUCAGCAGUAUAUGUGCUGUCGUGGGCUCAGGAGAAAGAAGCUUUGAUGCAAGUUUUUUGACAGAACCUACAUCAACUGGCUUGAAUGUUGCUCUAGAGGCAGUUAGUGAGAAACCUGAUACACAAGCCUCAGCAGGUGAAGGUCUGAAAGAGGCCAGUUAUGCUUUUGGUAUCCCAGAAGCCGUAGUUGCUCCUCAAUUACAUUCAGGUUUUCUAAAAGGCUUGAAGUACUUGAACGGUUCUUAUACAGCUAGUCUUUCUCCAAUAUGACUUCUGCUUGAAUAGACUCACCAACUAUAAAUGUAUCUACUAAAUUUUAUAAGACUGUAUUUUACAAUUAGAACCUACUUCUAUCUGUACUUUGGUUAAAUGUAUAAUCCUAGUUUUUUUUGGAAGUUUUAUGUGACCAAUGAUUUGGGUUUUAUCAGACACUAAGCCUGGAUUUUGGUUGGAAAAUGCUCUACGCAUGAACCACCUCACAUUUGACAAUACAAUAGCCUGAACUGAAUUGUACAAUAAAAUGCGUUUGCACUGUUUGUUUUUU